AUGUCGUUGGAACCCGACUGGCAACGAAGCCUCGCCGCACAUCGGCAGGCUAGAAGCUUCAACCAUCCGAACAUCAUUCGCCCCCUGGCUGCAAUUGUGAGAAACCCCACCGCAUACUUGAUGUAUGAGUGGGCAGACGGUGGAAAUCUCCGAGACUACUGGCGUAGUAACAGAAGACCCGACCUCACCCCGAGGUUCAUCAAGCUCAUGGUAGAACAACUUCGAGGCCUUGCUGAUGCUCUCGAAACCCUCCACAAUUCUGAAGGGGGCUCCUACCGACAUGGAGAUAUAAAGCCGGAGAAUAUCCUCCGUCUCAGAGGCGAGGGUCUGGCCGAGGCCCAAGCUGAUUUAGGGGUUCUGAAACUGUCUGGAUUCGGCAUUGCCAGAUAUCACGAAGAAGUAACCGCAGUGCGACAUUCUGCUACUACCACGAUGAGUAGCCCUAGAAUGUACGAAGCCCCGGGGGCCGCCACUAGCUUCAAUCAGCCAAGGUCUAGGCGGUAUGAUAUCUGGUCUAUGGGCUGUGUCAUCCUUGAGUUUAUCGCCUGGGCCUUGUAUGGCCACGAUGGCCUGGAAGUAAUGGAUUCCCGGAUUGCUGGAGAUUUCGGUAGACCGAGUCCCCUCUAUGUUAUCGACAGGACGGGAUUUGCCAACACUGCCAGACUCCACCCAGAAGUGAAUACCAUCAUGAAUGUCAUAGCAGCCGACAGGGAGUGCCGAGGUCACACCGCCCUCGGAGAUCUGCUUCGCCUGGUCAGAGACAGGCUUUUGGUAGUUAACCUAAGCUUGCAGCACGAUCCUACUGGUCCUUCCGAGCGGCAGUCUGCCCCGGAUUUCGAAGCUGUGCCGCCGGACAAUGGAAUCGCUCGAGCCGAUGCCGGAGAACUACGAGAUGCUCUGGAGACAAUCAUUCGCCGAGGGAAUGUAAGCGAAAACUACUGGUUCACCAGGACAAGUCGA